CGUGGCGCGAAACAGCCACCGGUCAGUGUCGCCCACCCGCCCUCAAAGCCCGAUCCACGCAGGCUGCUCGACGUCGACUCCACGCGACGCGACGCUUCCAUCGAUCGAUCCCCACGCAUCUCCCGGCUUUUUCACGACACGGGCUCCCCGCCCCCGCCUGCUCUGCUGCUUCCCUCUCCCCGGGCCGACCCCACCCCACCCCCACGCGCAGCCAGAGGAGAGCCGGCCAUGGGCGGCGCCGACGACGCGGCGGUGCGCGCCGAGGAGUCCGUCUCGGGGGGCGUCGACGUCUGGAGCGACGCCGUCUCCUCGCACGCCCCGGACCACCUCCUCGUCAUGGUCCACGGCAUCCUCGGCAGCACUGCUGAUUGGCAGUAUGGAGCUAAUGAAUUUGUAAAGCAACUACCUGAUGAUGUAAUUGUGCACUGUAGUGAAAAAAAUGCAUCAAUGUUGACUCUAGAUGGAGUUGACGUCAUGGGGGAACGCUUAGCUGAUGAGGUGCUUGAUGUAAUUAGUCGGAGGCCAGAACUCACCAAAAUUUCUUUUCUUGCACACUCCGUUGGAGGAUUAGCCGCAAGAUAUGCAAUCGCAAAACUUUACAGACACCCAAACGCCGGAUCUGAUGAAAAUACUAAAGGAACUAUCUGCGGGUUGGAAGCAAUUAACUUUAUUACUGUAGCAACGCCUCACCUUGGUUCACGAGGAAACAAACAGGUCCCCCUCCUGUUUGGAUCCCUUGCAAUGGAAAAGGUUGCUUGCCGGGUUGUCCAUUGGAUAUUUAGGAGAACUGGUAAACAUCUCUUUCUAACUGACGAUGAUGAAGGGCAGCCACCACUGCUUCAGCGUAUGGUUGAAGAUCAUGACGAUCUCUACUUUAUAUCUGCUUUGCGAGCAUUUAAGCGGCGAGUGGUGUACGCAAAUGCUGACUGUGAUCAUAUUGUUGGCUGGCGAACAUCAUCUAUUAGGAGAAACACUGAGCUGCCUGAGUUGGCGGUAUCGUCAUCUGAGAAGUACCCCCACAUUGUACAUGAGGAGUACUCAGAAGGAACUGAUGAUGAGAAGUGCCAAGAUUCCAUGACAGACUGUAAUUUGGACAUUCUUGAAGAGAAAAUGGUGACGGGGCUUCGGAGAGUCUCAUGGGAGAAAGUUGAUGUCAGCUUCCACUCGAGCAUAACGAGCUUCGCGGCGCACAGCAUCAUUCAGGUGAAGUACGCGUUCAUGAACGACGGCGCCGAUGUGAUACAGCACAUAAUAGACCACUUCCAACUCUGAGGAGAAAUGGAGAAUCCCCCCCAACCCAUGGUAGAGUAAGUUUUUUCCCCCUUGACGCGCUGUCCGUGCGUGCUGAUCCAAGAGCGGCCGCACGGCGGAGCGCGGACCUGCCGAGCGCUGCAGAGGGCUGGUCGCCUCAUCAUAGCAUAAAUUAGAUUCAGCAGAUGGUUGGUUUGUGUGUCGUGUAAGGAUGUGUUGACACUGUACAUAAUAGCAGUACCCGCGCGGGGGGGGGGGGGGGGGGGGGGGCGGG